GCCGUGCACGCGCCGCGCGCUCCCGGUGCGGGGUCGGGCCGGACUGAGCGGAGCGCGGGGCGCGGAGCAUCCGCUGCCGCCACCGGCAUGGCCCAGCCGCGCCGCCACCCGCGACGUAUCAGCAGUCCCCUCCAGGCUGGGCCGUUGGCAGGACAGCAGCAGCAGGCAGCUGGCAGGCUGUAAGGAGCAGUGGCACAUCUCCCUGUAUCUGUGCUCUCGACUCACCCAGCAGAAGGUGUGGCUGCACUGCACACUCCUGACUCCCGGUUCUACUGCUCUGUCUGUUCCCUGUGGGCAAAUUGGAGGCUUGGCAUGAUGGGGAUGCCCUGAGCCCUCACCUCAGGAGCUUCAGGCCUGGAUGUUGGUGCUGCUCCUCUCGGACGAUGUGGCUGAUACUCUGGAGAAGCCCUCUCUUGCCCCCCAUUCUCCAAGUGCCUGAGCUGGUGGCUGGCUGGGACCUGCGCCUCACCCUCUGGGUCCUGAGUUUUGCCUCAGUGGUUGUGCAGAUGGAGGGCCAGGUCUACUCGCCAACUGUCAACACGCACUAUGGGAAGUUACGGGGUGUGCGUGUGCCACUGCCCAGCGAGAUCCUGGGGCCCGUGGACCAGUACCUGGGGGUGCCUUAUGCUGCCCCCCCCAUUGGGGAGAAGAGGUUCAUGCCCCCUGAGCCACCGCCAUCCUGGUCAGGCAUCAGGAACGCUACCCACUUCUCGCCAGUCUGCCCCCAGAACAUCCACAACGCUGUUCCUGAGAUCAUGCUGCCCAUCUGGUUUACCUCCAAUUUGGAUAUCGUGGCCACGUACAUCCAGGACCCCAAUGAGGACUGUCUGUACCUCAACAUCUACAUCCCCACAGAGGAUGUAAAACGGAUUUCCAAGGAAUGCACCCGAAAGCCCAACAAGAAAAUAUGUAGGAAAGGAGGAGCCAGCGCUAAGAAACAGGGCGAGGACUUAGCGGAUAAUGACGGGGAUGAAGACGAAGACAUCCGGGACAGCGGGGCCAAGCCGGUGAUGGUGUAUAUCCACGGCGGCUCGUACAUGGAGGGCACGGGGAACAUGAUAGACGGCAGCAUCCUGGCCAGCUACGGGAACGUGAUUGUCAUCACCCUGAACUACCGCGUUGGAGUGCUCGGGUUCCUGAGCACGGGGGACCAGGCUGCCAAGGGCAAUUAUGGGCUGCUGGACCAGAUACAGGCGCUGCGCUGGGUCAGUGAGAACAUUGCCUUCUUUGGGGGAGAUCCCUUGCGGAUCACUGUCUUCGGCUCUGGCAUCGGUGCCUCCUGCGUCAGCCUACUCACCCUCUCCCACCACUCUGAAGGUCUCUUCCAGAGAGCCAUCAUCCAGAGUGGCUCCGCGCUCUCCAGCUGGGCGGUGAACUACCAGCCCGUGAAGUACACCAGCAUGCUGGCUGACAAGGUGGGCUGCAAUGUGCUGGACACGGUGGACAUGGUGGACUGCCUGCGACAGAAGAGUGCCAAGGAGCUUGUAGAGCAAGACAUCCAGCCAGCUCGCUACCAUGUGGCCUUUGGGCCCGUUAUUGACGGGGAUGUGAUCCCAGAUGACCCAGAGAUCCUGAUGGAACAGGGCGAGUUCCUCAACUAUGAUAUCAUGCUAGGGGUCAACCAGGGCGAGGGACUGAAGUUCGUGGAGGGUGUGGUGGAUCCUGAGGACGGCGUCUCAGGCAGUGACUUUGACUACUCGGUCUCUAACUUUGUUGACAACCUGUAUGGCUACCCCGAGGGCAAGGACACCUUGCGGGAGACCAUCAAGUUCAUGUACACAGACUGGGCUGACAGGGACAACCCUGAAACACGUCGUAAGACUCUGGUGGCCCUCUUCACUGACCACCAGUGGGUAGAGCCGUCAGUGGUGACAGCUGACCUGCAUGCCCGCUACGGCUCCCCCACCUACUUCUACGCCUUCUAUCACCACUGCCAGAGCCUGAUGAAGCCUGCAUGGUCCGACGCAGCCCACGGGGACGAGGUGCCUUAUGUGUUCGGGAUCCCCAUGAUUGGUCCCACAGACCUCUUUCCCUGCAACUUCUCCAAGAAUGAUGUCAUGCUCAGCGCUGUGGUGAUGACCUACUGGACCAAUUUUGCCAAGACAGGGGACCCCAACAAGCCUGUCCCCCAGGACACCAAAUUCAUCCACACCAAGGCCAACCGGUUUGAGGAGGUAGCCUGGUCCAAGUACAACCCCCGCGACCAGCUGUACCUGCAUAUUGGGCUGAAGCCACGGGUACGUGACCACUACCGGGCCACAAAGGUGGCUUUCUGGAAGCACCUGGUCCCUCACCUGUACAAUCUGCAUGAUAUGUUCCACUACACCUCCACCACCACCAAAGUGCCGCCACCUGACACCACACAGAACUCCCACAUCACCCGCCGGCCCAAUGGCAAGAUCUGGACCACCAAGCGCCCUGCUAUCUCACCCGCCUACAACAGUGAGAAUGGGAAGGAGAAGUGGAGCCCAGAGCAGGAGGCGGGCACCCUGCUUGAGAGCCCCCGUGACUACUCCACCGAGCUGAGUGUCACCAUCGCUGUGGGUGCCUCCCUCCUCUUCCUCAACGUGUUGGCAUUCGCUGCCCUCUACUACCGCAAGGACAAGCGCCGGCAGGACACUCACCGGCAGCCCAGUCCCCAGCGUGGUGCCGCCAACGACAUCGCCCAUGCGCCCGAUGAGGAGAUGCCCUCCUUGCAGGUGAGCCAGGGGCACCAUGAGUGCGAGGCUGUGCCGCCCCAUGAUGCCCUGCGCCUGGCCGCUCUGCCCGACUACACCCUCACCUUGCGCCGCUCUCCGGACGACAUCCCGCUCAUGACCCCCAACACCAUCACCAUGAUCCCCAACUCGCUGGUGGGGCUGCAGACCCUGCACCCCUACAACACCUUCACUGCCGGCUUCAACAGCACGGGGCUCCCACACUCACACUCCACCACCAGGGUAUAGCUGCCUGCCGCCGGCGCACACGCAUGCACGCACCCACACGCACGCAGCAGACACUGGCAGAGGGACCGGCAGGGCCAACAGAGCCCCCGGACAGAGGGGCAGCGCCCACGGACGGUGCGGCACCGAGCCCUGAGACCCAUGGGGUCCUGGCAUGGCCGGACGCCCUGCUCUCCACCCAGCGCUUUCUUUCGUUCCUAUCUAACUUUUGAGAAGUGCUUUGACUCUCCCAACUUCCAGCUGGAGGGCCCCAUGGGUCACCCUGGGGUGCCAGUCGGGUGCAGGGAGGGACAUGGUGUAGCCCCUGCACCCAUGCACUGGCACAAGCGGGCAGGGGGGACCCCGCUGGCAGCAGCCACAGGGCUCCCCGCACCAGAGCUGUGCCCUGCCAUGGGGUGGUCGCGUCCCCAGUACUCCAUCCGCUGAGCACCCCAGGACUGAUAGGGAGUGGGGCCAGGCAUCACUCUUGGCUGGUGCCCGGGCAUCGCCAGGCAUCUUGGCAUCCCAAAAGCCCUGGAAAAGGCUCCUUCGCUGUGUCGAGAAGUGGCCCCGGGCCAUGGUGCUACAGGCAGAGGGAGCGGGCAGGGUCUGGGGACCUGGCCUUGUGCUGGGUGUGGGCGCUGGGGCCAGUGCCGGGGCUCGGGGACCCUGGGAGCAGGGCCCCAGGCUGGAGACUUGGCAGCUCUGCUCCUCUUUGCGCUGCAGAGAAUCUCUUUUGUGUCAGUCGUUUCUCUUUGCAGAGAUGUUUUUUAAGCAGAUCUUUAGUUCUUUACACACUAACGGAGUCGCCGCGUUUUGUCCUUUGUAAAGAUUUUAAAACCAAGUGUUCUUGAUACAAAAUAAAAAGCCAGUUAGAAGCCAGCGUGUGCGCGCGGUGCCGGCCCCCCGCAGCCCCCGCCUGCCACGGGCGGGCACCAGGCAGGGCACUGCCUCCUGCGCUGUGGGGCCGCGCUCUUUUGUAUUUUUGAUAUUCUCCCUCCUCUGUCACCCGUGCCCACAUAUCUCAGCCAAAUAGCCUACCCGAUGGCCUGCCCGCGAGCACCUCCCACCCUGGCCCACCCCUCUGCCACCACAUCAGUGCCACCCACUGCCCCGCAUGGGCAUCACCUGCUGUGAGCACCGCACCAUCUGCCCACCCCCAUCAACCCAGGGCAGCCCCCAGCACUGUGUCCCAGUGCUCCCCACCCUGCCCUGCCCCUGGAAGCAUCCCACGUCCCUUCAUCACUGCCCCGGGGCCAUGCGGUGCCCUCCCUGCCCACGCUGCUGCCCAAAAGCAGAGCCAGCUGUUUACAGCCUGCGGCAGGGGAGGGCAGCAUUGCAGGGCUGGCUGGAACAGAGUGAGCCACACACUGACAGUGACUGCCUCCCAUCUUGCUCCUGCUGGGGCCUUUCCCCCGUUGUGGGGUGGCCCCAGCUCUGGCAUCUGGGGCAUGGGGCUGGGAUAGAUGCCUGGUCUGGGGCUGCUUGAGCAGGGCUGCUGGGGGUGAUGCAGCCUGCAUGGGGCUGGGAGCGCACCUGCCCUGGGGCUGGGGCCGGGCUGGUGGUGGCCACCAAACUACAUGUGGCUGCAGGUAGCAGGGCUGAAGGCAAGGGGCUUCAGUGCAGCAGGGUGUAGAAAGGAGCUACCCGGGAGCCCACCUGAGGCACCCCAGUCUCAGCCUCCCACGGUGGGCACUGGCAACUGGGGCUUGGGGAGGCAGGAGGAAAGAACGGGUCCUAGCAGGGACACCAUACCUCGUCCCUGUGCAAGACGGUCCGACUGGCAGAUGCUGCCCACGCUGGCAGCCGUGAUGCACUGGUGCCGGCUGGCCCUGCUGUCUGCAGCCAACGCACUCCUGGCCCUGCAUCCUGCCCCGGCUCCUGCACCCGGGCAGGGCUGAGGGUGAGGAUGCUCGUUGGAGAAUGUAUUUAUAACCUGUCACCCGCGCAGAGUAACAAAUUCCAAAUAAAACAGAAGUGAUAUUUUUAA